GCCAGAGGCCGUUCUGCUCUCCGCCUGGGGUCGGUCCCCGCAGCCCGCGGAGCGAAGGCAUUGUCCACCUCAGGAGCUCUUUGAAGAAUUGGAAUUCAGAAAGAAUCUCUCAGACACAGACGUCCAUCCCCUCCCCGCUUCAACUAGGCAGCCUCUUCAGGCUAUCUCUGCCCAGAAUGGCAGGGAAGUCUGCAGCCUUGGUCUACCAUGCUCCAAAAGAGCAGGAAGGACUCAUAAUUGUGAAGGUCGAAGAAGAAAAUUAUGUUUGGGGGCAGGACUUUGGCCUUCAGGGAAAUGCCUAUAGUCAGGAGGCCUUCCGCCAGCGGUUCAGGCAGUUUGGUUACUCUGACUCCGCGGGGCCCCGGGAGGCUCUGAGCCGGCUCCGCGAGCUUUGCUGUCAGUGGCUGAGGCCAGAGGUGCACAGCAAGGAGCAGAUCCUGGAGCUGCUGGUGCUGGAGCAGUUCCUGGCCAUCCUGCCAGAGGAGCUGCAGACCUGGCUUCGGGAGAACCGACCAGAGAGUGGAGAGCAAGCCGUGAUGAUGCUGGAGGAGCUGGAGAAAGAGCUUGACGAGCCAAGGCAACAGGACACAGCUCAUGGCCAAGGAAUGAUCUGGAAGGAAAUGACAUCUAUGGGAGCACUGAAGUCACUGAGUAUCCAGCUCCAGCCCUUGGAGAACCAGGGCAAGAAUGAGAUUCAGGAGCCCCAGGGUUUCUGUGAGAGAGCACCGCCAUUAACCAAGUUGUUCAAAACCGAAACCUGAGUAUCACCCUCAACUCCUCUCCCACAUGCUCCACGUUUAACAAUGACCAGCUACUGCAAUUCAAGUUAAAUGCUGAAGAACAGGAGUCAGCCGUGAUCCUUCUCACCUCUCACCACAAUACAUCUUGAUUUAUUCACUGUGGCCACUUGGAUUACAACUGUCUCUAACCAGACCCUACUCUUGCCUUCCUCAAAUCCAUUCCUGCUCUGC